CAAMGCUGUCUGCUAUAAAAAAGGUAUAUAGAUGAURAUAUCAGGCAUAUCAGUUAUUCCUUUACAGACAUGAUUGCUGUUGUAGUUCUGAUUGGUCUUCUUGGGCCAUCGUUUAUCGAAGGUUGCGGUCAAAAGCCGUACAGUGCACGUGUUGUGAAUGGUGAAAAUGCCAGCCCUCACGCCUGGCCCUGGCAGAUCUCUCUACGGGUCAAUGGYCAACACAUYUGCGGUGGAUCGUURAUCGACGCUGACUGGGUUGUWACUGCAGCUCACUGUGUGGAUCGUAAUCCAAGUCCCAGUGGCUACACCGUUGUUGUAGGUGCACACCAUCGAAAUGGCCACACUCAAGUCCARGAAGAAUUUCGACUUCGUCAGCUCUUCAAGCAUGAGGGAUUCAGCAUGAGACAUCUAAAGAAUGACAUUGCUUUAAUUCAGCUUGAAAGGCCCGUUAAGAUGAGCUCUAAGGUGAAUACAGUAUGUUUGCCUUCUUCUGGAAGCAGAGCCAAAGAAGGAGCUCAGUGCUAUAUAACAGGGUGGGGAAGAACAGUAGGCGGUGGCAACGCUGCAGACAUCCUUCAACAAGCCAUGCUCCCUGUUCGCUCCCACUCAGAUUGCGCACGCGUAAAUGGACGACUUGGCACAGUUGAACAGAACUCCAUGAUCUGCGCUGGAGGACAGGGCAAGGGUGGUUGUCAAGGAGACAGUGGAGGACCUUUCGUGUGUAACGAAGGUGGUCGAUGGGUGUUACGUGGUGUUGUCAGCUGGGGACAUAGCAUGUGCCGUACUGACCACUACACAGUGUUUGCACGUAUCAGCAACUUCAUUGGAUGGAUUAACACACAAAAAUCAGGUGGUGGCGGCGGUGGAGGCGGCGGCAGUGGAUGUUUUGAUAGCGAUCCCAGGUGUCCAAUGUACGCUAGAUACUGUCGAUAUGACCAAGGUGUUCGGAGGUCCUGUAUGAAGACAUGCAGACUUUGUUAAGAAAAURUUCCCCAAACAAAGUUUAACCACAUAUGUGACGACAACAUUAAGAACAAAUAGCUAGAAAGAAAUAAAGCAUUAUAAAACCUAA